AUGGUGACUGGCCUUCCUCAGAUAACAUGUCCAACUGAAGUUUGUGUUGUUGGAAAACAACAUAGGGAAACCUUUUCAAAGGGAAAAGCAUGGCGGGCUAGAAGACCUCUUGAGCUAGUCCGUUCAGAUAUUUGUGGGCCAAUAACUCCAGCUUCCAACGCCGGAAAAAGGUACUUUAUAACGUUCAUCGAUGAUUACAGCAGAAAAACAUGGGUUUAUUUCUUACAGGAGAAAUUAGAAGCCUUAAAUGCAUGCAAACAAUUUAAGGCGGCUGCUGAGAAUGAGAUAGAGAAGACGAUCAAGGUUCUUUGA